AUGCAAAACAAAGUGGAAGAUUCACCUGUUGUUUUCAAGGCGUUUGGUGAAAAAUUAAAACCUAGUGGUAUAAUGUGUUUUAGAUGUGGCAAACCAGGACAUAUUAAACGUAAUUGUCGAGUAAAAUUAUCAGCUCAAGUUAUUAGUGAAGAUAAAGAAAGGUAUGGUUUUGCAGUUGAUAAUGGUCCAAAUUUUAAACUGAAGGGUAUUUAUAUAGACUCUGAAUGCACGGAACAUAUGAUUACAUAUGAAAGUCUACUAACUAAUCUAUUACCAGCUAAAAGAAUUAAAAUUACUUUUGCUAACAAUCAAACUGAAACUCUUGACAGUGCUGGAUGGUUAAAUUUAGGUGAAUUAAUUUUAAAAAAUUGUCAUUAUCAUAAAUCUGGUGUUUCAAAUCUUCUGAGCAGUGGCUUACUAGAUGAUUUAGGUUUGACACGUUACUCUGAUAAAGGUUUGGUUGGUAUUUCUGAUGGUUGUGUCUUUAUUCCAAUUAGAAUAGUUAAUAGACUAUAUGAAGUAUUGGUAGAUAAGGCGUAUAAGAUUGGUGUUAAUGCAAGUAUUGUUGAUUCUGGUAAUUCUAUGACGAAAUUAUGGCAUUUUAGAUUAGGUCUUCCAAACAGAUUUGCACUUAAAGAUACAGCAAAUGUUGAUCUUGUAGAGAAAUGUGAAGUAUGUUGUUCACAAAAAAUUAAAAAGAUUCUUUAUAAAAGGAGUACAGUUUCUACAGCCUCACUUCAACUUUUAUUUGCUGAUAUUGGAUUUCCUAAAUGUGGUAAAGGUAUGGAAGACUAUAGUUGUUAUCUUAUAGUUGUGGAUGAUUUUUCAAAAAUUAUUUGUGUACGUCCACUUAAGAAUAAAUCAGCUUUAACAGUAAAAGAUGCUUUAGAAGAUGUUUUAAAAAAUAGUUCAAUUCAAUACACAAAUAUUGAAUGUCUUCAGCCGAAUACAGCUGAAAGGUAUAAUCAAACAUUAAAACUAUGCACUUCAACGCUGAUGUAUACUAUGAAUAUACCUGUUAUUUAUUGGCCGGAAAUUAUAGUGAGUGCGGCGUAUCUUCGUAAUCGUAUAAGAGGUCCUGAUGGUUUAUCUUCUCUUGAAAGAGCAGGGUUACAAUUAGAUAUUGGCAAUUUAAAAGUUAUUGGCUGUAUGGUGUUUGUUAAAAAUCUUGAUAUUGAUGUUACUUUGAUUAAUAAAUUUCAAGUGGGCAUUUUAGUAGGAUUUGAUAAAAGUUUUGUCUCUUAUCGUAUUGCGUUAAUACCUCAACGUAAAAUUAUUGAAUAUUGUAGUGUAACCUUUUUUGAAGAUAAAAACUUUUUAGAUGCAAAGAAACAUGUAUAUGAAUUUAGACAAUCUAAAUGUGAAGAUGACUUCUUUGAUGAUAUGAAAUUCUAUAACGACAAAUUACAACCAGUUUCAGAAAUAGUAUCUCCACAAGUUGUUAAUGAUUGUAUAAAAGAAACUGUUGUUAACAGUAGUAAAAGAAAAAAUGAUAGUAUUGCUUCAAGAGUUACAGAAAGAAGAAGACAAGUUAAUUGUAUGGCUAUAGUUGACAUAUCAGAGAAAGAAGCUCUGAUGGAUAAUAAAUAG